UUUAUUCUGAUACAUAAUGUCCAUAGCUUACAACCCCAGCUUGCAAUGUCAACUACCUAUUAUCCUGGCCCUUUUCCAAGGUGGUUUGCUGGUUGUGUUUAUACUAUACGUGGACUAUGAUGACCAGACCAGCAGUCUGCCUCUUUCCAACUCAACUUUACCAAAGGAUAAUCAGCUGUAUGAGAUCUUCCCGUUCUUUAAAGACAUCAAUGUAAUGCUGUUUAUUGGAUUGGGCCUUAUGCUCUCCUUCCUAAAGCUCUACAGUUUUGGAGGUGUUGCCUUCAACUUCUUAAUAGCCAACUUCUCUAUUCAGUGGUCUCUGGUCGUACAGGGUUUCUUUAACCACUAUGAAGAUGGGAGGAUCAAAUUGGGAUUGGAGAACGUACUGAAUGCGGAGUUUGCGGCAGUUACUGCAAUGAUUUCGGCGGGUGCCAUACUAGGAAGAGUCAGCCCUAUCCAACUUCUGAUACUGUGUCUACUGGAGAUACCGUUGUACGUGGUGAACGAUUGGCUUAUCCACAAAUAUUUCCACAUCAUCGAUGUAGGAGGUACAGUUGCCAUUCAUGUGUUUUCAUGCUACUUUGGUCUAGGUAUUUCCCGGAUUUUCUAUCACCCUGAGCUAAGAGUAGGUCACACGAAAGAGACCACCACUCCCAACUCUGACUUGCUAUCUCUCGUUGGUACACUCUUUCUUUGGAUCUUCUGGCCCAGUUUCAACUCAGUCGUGGCCAAAGCAGGAGAUGCUCAGCAUCGAGCCAUACUAAAUACAUUCCUCGCACUCAGUGCAAGUACCCUCACCACCUUUGCUAUGUCAAGUUUGUUGAGCAAAAAGGGACAGAUAAGCUUGGUGCAUCUACAAAAUGCGACCUUGGCUGGUGGAGUGGCCAUUGCAAUAUCUGCAGAUAUGAUAAUCACCCCAGGUGGAGCAUUGGGUUUAGGUUGCCUUGCCUCAAUAUCUUGCAUUUUGGGCUUCCAGUACUUAUCCCCAUUAAUGGCCAGGAGGCUUAAGGUACAAGAUCAAUGUGGUAUACACAACUUGCAUGGGCUCCCAGGAAUUAUCGGAACCUUGGGCAGUAUUAUAGCCAUAUUGUUCAGCCCUAUUGAUAUUUCAGACCUGAGUCUCACUGAUGACCUAUAUUACACCAAUGGCUUGAAAGAAGGAAGUUCCGCCCUAGAGGUUCUGGGAAGCAAUGGAACCUGGAACUCCAGAGACCAAGCUAUGGGUCAGGCCGCAGCUCUUGGCGUUACAUUCGGAAUUUCCCUUUUGGGGGGUUAUAUCACAGGACUACUCUUGAAAAUCCCCUGUUUGGUCCACCCAUCAUACGAGUUUUACUUUGACGACCAACCAUACUUCCAAAUCCAAGAUAUCUCAGAGAACAAUUGGAAUUCAAAGGACAAACACGACAGAAAUUUGUUGAUGCCAUUAAAAGAAGUUUAGAUAAAUGUACCACAAUCUCCAAAAUUUUAAGAAUUUAUUCUAAAUGUUCACUUCUUAGAUAACGCUUGCGAGAUCCACCAAGGUUUUGUAGAAACAUCUGACUGGUUGAGAAUGAUGGGCAAUGCAUGAAAUGGGCUGCCUGGAGCAUGCAUUAUUCAUAUGCUACAAAAGUAAUAUGAA